AUGACGACUGUAGCUGCAUACGGUAUGGGCAGAAUCGGAGGAGAAGCGGCCUAUCUCUCCGCCAUUACCGGAUUUGCCGAUGAACUUGUUCUUUACGAUAUCAAUACCGACCUUCUCAGCGCACAAAAACUCGAUAUCCUUCACGGUCUUGACAUUCCGAUUUCCACCACGCUCUCCGAUUUAAAAAAAAGCCGACUACGCAAACCUGAAAGGUUUGAGGGUAAACUCCUGGUAUUGACCAACCCCGUCGACGUAUUUACCUGGUACUUUGCCAAACAUACAUCACUUGAACAGAAUCAGGUUGUCGGAUUCGGCGGUAAACUCGACAGUCGCCGAUUUACCCUUGCCCUUCUAUCCCGCGGAAUCCAGGAACAGGGACUGGUUAUUGGUGAACACGGUGAACAUCAGGUACCUCUCUUCUCCCGCUUAUCCACCGCGGUUGAUAUCGCCACACGGGAAGAUAUCUUACAGGGUCUGAGAGGAUCGUCAAUGCCGGUAAUUAAAGGAAAGGGAGGAACCGUAUUCGGACCGGCCUACCAUAUUGAAAAAAUGCUUGAAGAUAUCGAACACGGCCGUGAAAUUGUCUGUUCCCUUCCUCCUGACGGAGCCUACGGAAUUGACGGAUGUUCCCUGGGUAUUCUUGCAACCGUCACGAAAGACGGCGCAAAGAUAAACGAGUCACUGAACCUCGAUGCAUGGGAACAGGAACAGUUCAUGAACGCUGCGACCUAUUUAAACGAAGAACGCGCGGUAUCCAUCAACGGUGACCAAUUACGAAAACUGUACACGAAAAAACCAUCCGAUGUCCGAACGGUGCGGGAAACGUACCAUCAUUUCGAAGCCGAUAUUCCCUUUACCUCCCGAUUUCUCAUCGAUAUGAACAUUACCGGCGGAAUUUCCGUUCCGGACGAAAUCUGUUCCUACCAUGAAAUCAAACCGGUCUCGGUCCCUUCAAAAAGCAGGAUAUGUACCUGCGAUAUCGAAUGCGAAGUAAGAAACGGACUCUCGGAACCUUCACUCGAUCGGAUAACCGCAAUUACCUGCCAUGAUUCAUUUACCGGAACGUAUGCAACCUUUCUCCUCAAAGGUCAGACGGAACUCCCCGCCAAUCCCGUUCCCGGUGCCAACGGCUGUUUCAACCCGGAAAAACAUACCAUAACCAUUCAUGCAACCGAAACCGAUUUAUUAAAUGCAUUUCUCGCUUACCUGAAACAAACCGACCCUGACAUUCUUACCGGCUGGAAUUUCACCAGUUUCGAUGCAAACUAUAUAUUUACCCGCGCAAAACAUCUGGGAUUUCCGGCAGACUGUUUCGCGCGUCUUCCCGGCGCCGGAACCGACCGGGAACCAGCCAUGCGCGGACGGAUCCUUUUCGAUUUGCUUGCAGCAUACAAGAAAAUGCAGAGUUCACAGAAGGAAUCGUACCGUCUUGAUGCGGUUGCCGAAGAUGAACUGGGUGAACAUAAAAUUCAUCACACCGAAUCAUUCAAUGAUUUAUGGAACUAUCACCCACAGAAAUUUAUCGAAUACAAUUUCAAAGACGUUGAACUCUGCGUUAAAAUCAAUGAAAAAAACAAUAUUGUCGAUUUUUUUCAGGAAGUCGCACGGUAUGUCGGCUGUCCUCUCGAUAAAACCCUGAAUUCAUCCAAUGUCGUUGAUAUUUUCGUACUCCGAAAAGCACAUGGGAAAUUCAUAUUACCCUCAAAAGGAAACAAGGAAGGAACGGAAUUCGAAGGCGCCACGGUUCUUUCCCCGUCCAAAGGUUUGCGUGAAAAUGUCAUUGUUCUUGAUUUGAAAUCACUGUAUCCUAUGGCAAUGAUGACCCUGAAUGCAUCGCAGGAAACCAAAUCGAAAACCGGUGAAAUCCAUGCACCCAACGGGAUUCGUUUCAAAAAAGAACCGGAUGGACUUACUCGCACCAUAAUCGGAGAACUGCUGACCGAACGCGACAACAAAAAGAACCUGCGAAACACGUAUCCUUACGGAUCCAAUGAAUAUCUACUCUAUGACAUGCAGCAGAAUGUCAUUAAGGUCAUUAUGAACUCAUACUACGGCGUUUCGGGAUUUUCACGAUUCAGAUUAUAUGAUACCGACAUUGGCGCCGCAGUCACCUCGGUCGGUCGCGCCAUAAUUCAGCAUACCAAAACGGUCAUUACCAAUCACGGCUACGAGGUUAUCUACGGCGACACCGAUUCCUGUUUUGUCCAGAUCCCCUCAUCAUCCCUGGAAGAAACCAUGAAAACGGCACGAAAUCUGGAAACCGAACUCAAUAAUAGUUAUCCUCAUUUUUCAAAAGAAACGCUUGGAGCUGAUAUCAACUACUUUUCCAUCAAAUUUGAAAAAAUAUAUAAACGGUUUUUCCAAGGCGGUAUCAAAAAACGGUAUGCCGGUCACCUUAUCUGGAAAGAGGGACAGACCAUUGAUAAAAUCGAUAUGGCAGGACUGGAAACCAAACGGUCGGAUUCGUCACAGAUAACACGGGAAGUCUUGUCAACCAUACUGGAAAUGAUUCUCAAAGGUGACGGCAAGACCGCAGUCAAAUCCUAUUUAUCGGCAAUUAUCACCGCGUAUCGCGCGGGAACGUAUCCGAUAGAUAAAGUAGGAAUUCCCGGCGGAAUUAACAAAGCACUGGAAACGUAUGACCAUCUCGAUGCGCACGGAAGAGGAGCCUUAUACUCAAAUACCUACCUCAAAACCCAUUUCGCACGCGGAAGCAAACCAAAACGGCUCUAUAUCAAAAACAGUUACGACGUUGAAAAAUUUCCGAAAACCGAUGUCCUCUGUUUCGAGUAUCCGGAAGAUAUUCCAGCAGAUACCUUUGAAAUUGACUGGGAUACCAUGUGCGAAAAAACCUUGCAGAUGCCGAUAUCAAGAAUCUUUGAUGCACUCGGAUGGGACUGGAACGAAUUUGAUCCCAAAGGAACAAAAGCAACGACACUGGAUAUGUUUUUCUAA